GAAGUACUAGAUCGCAUACCUAACCAAUCAGCAAACUGUCAACCGGUGUCAAUAUAAACUACGUGUCAAUAGCAUUCUGGAAAUCAGAAGAUAUACACAACUUUUCGGCAUUUAUCAGUUUUGACUGAAAAUUAUCAUGAUCACCGACAUUCAAUUGGCUAUUUUCUCCAACGUUUUGGGAGUGUUCCUGUUCCUCUUGGUCGUUGCCUAUCACUACAUCAAUGCAAACAUUGGACGGCCCAACAGUAUUCAGAACAAACACAAAUAAUUUCGAACAUCAUAUUCAUGGAUUUAGUUCUAAGCCCAAAAUGAAUUUGUGCAAACAAUUUAAGAUUUUUCAAAAUAAAUAAGUAAUUGCUGUAUCUGUGUGUGAGCCACCAUAAAA